CGAGUAACGAAAUUGAUUUGUGAGUACCGAAUCGGUACUUCGAGUCAACCGAUGUACCCGUUACUCGGUAACGAAUACAUGCGGUUUGCUCCAGCUCUAAUCGUAAUAAGUAUUCCAUCAUGGCUGGCUGUUUGUAGCAGUCAGGAGGAUGGAAAUAAAUAUUAUUUUAUUAGUGUGUAAUUUGUUUCAAAUUGCAGUUUACAGUCAUCAUGCACGGAUGUCUGUCAACAAUAGAAACUCGAGACUAGAAACAUGGCUGACAGUGAAACAGAGGACAACAUUAACAAAGCCAUAGAAGCAUGCAACACCGCUCAAGCUAUGAUAGAUAUUAAUGCGGAACAUCUUGACGGAUUGCGAACACAGUGUGCUACUAGUGCUGAACUAACACAACAUGAAAUUAGAACACUUGAAAGUAAACUUAUAAAAUUAUUUAGUCGUCAGUUAGUUGCUAAACUAAAAUGUCCAGAAAGCGCAACACUUCCGGAAUUGGUUCAAUAUCCUCGUUUGCAGAAGUGGCUUCAAGUUGUUGGCCUCUGUCAAAAAUCCAUGGAGAACAUCAGUACAAAAAUUUCCACUAUGGAACUGCUGUUGAAAUUACCUGAGCAAGAAGUUAAAAAUGUUAUGCAUAUAUCAGAAGCUAAAGAUGAAGAGAAAAGAAGAUUAUUAAUAGCUCUAAGGAAUUUAAAAGCUUACACUGAACGUCAGAUUCGAGGUGAAAUUACUACAGCAGCAGAUUUAGAUCUUCAUUGGGAUUCAUGGGACAGAAACUCUACGAUAAGUUCUUCCCCAAGAACUCAUCAUCAGCGAAGGGUUGCCAGAUCUUCUGUCCCAUCUGAGGAACUAUUGAAAAGCACACCAACUCAUAGCCCCCAGUCUCCUCCGACAAGCAUGAGUUCUAGCCUUCAUGCGGGACACCACAUUGGCCACAUAUCUAUUUCCUCUUCGUCCUCUGUUAUCUCCUCUGCACACCAUGGGCCAUGGUCACCAACCCUCAAUUCAACUGUACUGUCUCCUAGUAUGCCUUCCUCGAGAGAACGGAGAUAUACUCCACCUCCCACUCCUCCCAUAUCUGGAAAAAAGAGUGAUAAUAAAAAAUUUCCGACCACACCGCCUCCCAGCAAAAAACAUCAGACGAAUCUCCUGCCAGAAAUUUAUCCUCUCACUAAGAGCAAAUCUCAUGAAGAGCACCUAGCCAAUAGGAUAGAGCAGACUGAUACUGUGUCCCAAAGUCAAAAUGAUAAUGUUCCUCGUCGUAGGCUAGCUACAGAACCAGGGUUGGAAUCUUCAGGAUUAGGCCAGAUGUCUCCUCUUAUGUCAUCGCCAAACAGGUCUCCUCCUUUUGUUAGUCCUGACCAACAGACAGAUGGCUGUUUUGUCGAUGAUACAUCCUCACAAUUCACUGCCUUGUCAGUUCCAAGAUCUCCUAGAACACAUGGAAUGGUGCAUGUUAUCCACCAUAGAUUUACCCAUGUAGUAAAACCAACAACUUGUGAUUUUUGUGAAAAAAAAGUUCUUUUUGGUUUCAAAUGUAAGGAAUGCAAGUAUCGAGCUCAUAAACAGUGUGUUAGUAAAGUGCCUCCAUCUUGUGGAUUGCCCAAUGAAUUAGUUGAUGUAUUUGUUCAAACGAUAAGGAAUGAUGAAAAUCGCUCUCCUAUGGUCUCAAGAACUCAUGUAGCAAGUCCAGCCAAUAUGGUCCGUCAGCAGCAGCAGCAGUUAAUUAGCCUUUCUGCUUUUCCUGCUCAUGAUUCUUCAUCGAAUACAUCCUCUUGUAACUCAUCUACUCCGUCUUCUCCCGCAUUGAUCACUGCAGCACAGCAGUCAUCACCACCAGCCCCUAUGUAUCAGUUCCAAUUUCCAGAUGUAGAUAAUACAAGUAAAGGAGUAACUUUGGAAACAAAACCAUUGGUUGAUAAUGAACUAGUAGAAACUCAGAAAUCUAAUGACAGUGAUAAAACAUUUGGUUCUGGAAGUACGGAUUCAGAUAAAACAUUAGCUGGUCGUGUAGAUUCUCAGGAUAGUCAGAUAUCUUGUGAAGAUCCAAAUGAAAGGUCUUGGCCGAGACAAAAUAGCCUGUCACUAAGAGAGUGGGAUAUACCAUAUGAUGAGCUUGAUAUUAAUGAAGAAGUUGGCACUGGGCGAUUUGGAACAGUUUAUAAAGGGAACUGGCAUGGAAGUGUGGCUAUCAAAAUGUUAGAUAUGGAUCAUGUAGAUGAUAAAAAAACUUUAGAGACAUUUAAGCAAGAGGUUGCAACUUUUCGAAAAACCCGUCAUGAGAACUUGGUACUUUUUAUGGGAGCUUGCAUGAAACCUCCAAAAUUGGCUAUUGUUACUAGUUUGUGUAAAGGAAUGACUUUAUUUACACACAUUCAUCUACGGAAAGAUAAAUUUAAUCUUAACCGGACAAUCACAAUAGCUCAGCAGAUAUCUCAGGGUAUGGGAUAUCUUCAUGCCAGGGAUAUUAUUCAUAAAGAUCUGAAAACAAAAAACAUUUUUUUUGAAAAUGGCAAAGUAGUAAUUACUGAUUUUGGUUUAUUUUCGGUUACAAAAUUAUGUCACGGUAAUAGGUAA